AUGUUGAGAACAGACGAGGCCCACGCUUGCUGUCGUUCUGUUCGCCUGCAGCAGCGGAAACAACAACAGCAACAGGAGAAGCAACGACAACAGCAGCAACAGGAGACGCUACAGGCGCAGAAACAUCACGCUGACCAGCCGGUAGACGCCGCCGCCAUCACCACCACUUCUGCAGCAAUAGCCACAGCACAAGCACAAAACACGCUACCUGAAGAGAGGAAGGCGGCUCCAUCAGAGCCACUGACGGCAGCCCAGGAGGCAGAAAUUGCAGGAGUUUCACAAACAGCAGCCGCCACAGCAGCAGGAGUGGCGGCGUCAGCUGCAGCACCAGCACCUGCAGCAGCAACAGUAGUUGAGCUUGGCGCUCUGUGCGCUGCACCUUUGGUGGCAACUAGCCAGCUCUUCCAGUCUAUGCGACGUCGCAUAUCGUCGCGGGACGGAUUUUCGCGCAGCAGUUCGCAGCAGUCUGACAAGCAGCAGCAACAACAACAACAGCACGAGCAGCAGGAGCAGCAGCAGGCUUCAGAUCCGGGGCAGCAGCAGGAGGCGGCAGCGGGGACAGCAGCUGCGGCUGGUGCUGCCGCUGCUGCUGCUGCAGCAGAGAAGGCUACUGCACCGAGUGGUGCCUUUAGUGCCUCCGGGAGGAGCUGCACCAGAGAGCGUCUCGUUCAGGCAGACAGCCUCAGGAAUCAAGACGGGCAUGUCUCCUGCUGCGCAGCAGACCGCCGCAGCGCCUCAACGCGCGCGCUGCUGUUGGGGCGGCCACCGCAGGCCCGGGCUCCCUGUCCCUUCCCUGCUGAUUUGCUGCCCCUCAUGGAGGCACCUGUUGCGGAUAGGCCUGAACUCUUCAGAAAGAAACUCGCUGCCUGUUGCAUUGUGUACGACUUCGAGUCGCCAGAUUUCACGCGGGACAAAGACCUGAAGAAGCGGGCGCUCGUGGAGAUCGUCGAGUAUGUGAACAGCACUCGGCACUGUUUCUCGGAGCAGGUUCUGCAGGACGUGAUGGAUAUGGUGUCUGCGAAUAUCUUUCGGCCGCUGCCGCCAUCGCAGCACCGGGGCGCUGCGCUGCUGGAGGCGGAGGAGGAGGAGCCGCAGCUGGAUAGCGCCUGGCCCCACAUUCAAAUCGUCUACGAAUUCUUUCUCAGGUUCAUCGUUUCGAAUGACGUUAGCGCCAAACUCGCUAAGAAAUUCAUUGACCACCAGUUCGUGCUCAAGUUCCUGGAGCUGUUUAGCUCAGAAGACCCUCGCGAAAGGGACUACUUAAAGACAAUUCUCCACAGGAUAUAUGGAAAGAUAAUGGCGUUGAGGUUUUUCGUGCGCAAGAGCAUUCAACAGGUUUUCCACCGCUUUCUGAACGAACAAGAAUCCCCCAACGGCAUUUCAGAACUCCUCGAAAUCCUCGGCAGCGUCAUUAACGGUUUUGCUGUCCCCUUGAAAGCGGAGCACAAAUUGUUUUUGGAGCGGGUAUUGCUGCCCCUGCACAAGGCGAGGUCUCUUGCUGCUUUCCACAAACAACUCACGUAUUGCAUGGAACAGUACGUAGCGAAGGAGAGCCGCGUGGCGGUGCCGAUAAUACUGGGGAUGGUCCGGUUCUGGCCCGCGUGUAACGCCCCCAAAGUGGUGUUGUUUCUCAAUGAAUUGGAGCACGUGUUGCAGGAGACGCAGCUGCCAGAGUUUCAGGAGGUGAUGUUGCCUCUGUUUUCGCGCCUCGCUGAGUGCAUUCAGUCGCCGAACUUUUUGGUGGCGGAGCGAGUUCUCUUCUUGUGGAACAACGAGAAGAUCGUUCGGCUGAUAAACCUCAACAGGCCGGAGCUCUUUCCCAUCAUUAUAGGGGCCUUGUUUCGUAGCUCGCAGCAGCACUGGAGCGUGACGGUGCACACUCUGACUUACAACGUAUCCAAGCUGCUGGCCCAAGCGGAUACAGCCCUUUUCGAUGAGUGCAGCAGCAGAUUCGUUGCUGAAGAGAAACGGCGGAAGGAGCAGGAAGAGGAGAGGGCCCAACGGUGGGCGGCGCUGGAGGCAGAGGCUGCAGCGAAGGGGGGUUGGAGGGCAGCGGCUGAUGGGGAGGAGCAAAAGACGGUCCCUGCUCACUGA